AUGACCGAUGAUACUCCCGUCAAUCCUCCCCAGGAAUCGUCCACCUUUAUUCCCCCUAGUGUGAUCCCAGCACACCUUCUCUCCGGCGAAUCCUACGCGUACUAUACCCCAUGUCCUAGCGCAAUUACGCCCCAAGAUACUUCACCCAUCGCCCGUGAUACAAUUGGAAGCACACCAUGCGUCUUGGGGGUGGAUGAGGCCGGCCGUGGUCCAGUUCUAGGCCCAAUGGUCUAUGGUGCCUUCUAUCUUCCUCUUGACCUCCACCACUCGCUCUUGACCGAGCAGCACAGCUUCGACGACAGCAAAGUUCUUACCCCUGCAGUGCGAGCAAACUUGAUGCAUCUCUUGAAUACACCGGGAGAUUCGUUGUUUGAGUGCUGCGGAUAUGCGGUCAAGGUACUUUCGGCCCGUGACAUCUCUUCCGGCAUGAUGAGAUCACCCACUGCAGUAUACAAUCUGAAUGCCCAGGCCAUGGAUGCAACGGUGGAGAUUAUUAGGGGGGUAGUUGAAGACCGUGGAGUGGAUGUUCGCGAGGUGUACAUUGACACAAUCGGUAACCCCGCUACAUACCAGCAGAAAUUGGAGCGAAUAUUCCCAUCUCUCAAAAUCACAGUGGCAAAGAAAGCGGAUUCAUUGUAUCCAUGUGUCAGCGCCGCUAGUGUGGCGGCUAAAGUGACGCGUGAUGUUGCACUCGAAGUCAUGUACAAGACUAUGCUUCCGACUGAGCAGCCCCUGGACCCAGCACCUGAGACUUGGGGAAGUGGCUAUCCUUCAGACUCCAAGUGUGUCAACUGGCUUCGACGCAACAUGGAUCCUGUGUUUGGUUGGGGCAACGAGUGUCGGUUCAGCUGGGGCACAGUGAAAGAGAUGCUUGAAAUGAAAGGAGGAGCACGAGUCGACUGGCCAGUCGAAGAGGAGGAAAAUGCCCCUCGGUUAGAUGGGUUUUUACUAUCAUCAGGCACCGGGAAAAGCACAAACAAGGAUGGAAUACGAGGUUGGUAUGGCCAUAGGCAGAAUGAGAUUCUCUAA